GUCCAUGAUCCCGCCUCCACCAUGGCUCGCACCUUCGCUCUCCUCCUGGCUUCUGUUUGUGUUGGAUUUGUCUGGUUCACAGGACACGAUUUCUGCCAUCAACAGAGCAACUACAAGAAGCCAAACUUUAUUAUUAUUUUAGCAGAUGACAUAGGGUGGGGGGAUCUGGGCGCAAAUAUGGCUGCAGAGAGAUCACAUACCCCCAACCUAGACAGACUGGCCUCUGAGGGGAUGAGGUUUGUUGACUUCCACUCUGCAGCUUCCACUUGUUCUCCAUCCCGGGCGUCACUACUUACCGGAAGACUUGGAAUCCGGAAUGGGGUCACACACAACUUUGCAGCCACGUCAGUGGGGGGCCUUCCCAUGAAUGAGACCACCCUGGCUGAAGCUUUAAAACAAUGUGGCUACAUGACAGGCCUCAUAGGAAAAUGGCAUCUGGGUCACCAUGGGAGUUUCCAUCCUAAUUGGCGCGGUUUUGAUUACUACUUUGGCAUUCCCUAUAGUAAUGACAUGGGCUGCACUGACUGCCCAGGAUAUGACCACCCUCCAUGUGCGCCAUGUCCCCUGCAUCCCAGCAGCGCUCACAGGCCAGAUGGAGGAUGCUAUACCAAGCUGGCACUGCCUCUGAUGAAGAACUCUGCAAUCCUGGAGCAGCCAGUCAACCUCACCGGCUUAUCUGCACGAUAUUCUCAGCAAGCAGUGACUUUCAUGAAGAAUGCCAGGAAUCAGAGGCGGCCAUUCUUCCUCUAUGUGGCGCUAGCACAUAUGCAUGUGCCGCUAUCACCUACCCAUGUGACCCCUGAACAUGGACCCUAUGAGCUAAGCCUGCGGGAGAUGGACCGGCUAGUGGGCGAUAUUUGGGCCUAUGCUGACAGUAACACCCUCAUCUGGUUCACAGGUGACAAUGGACCUUGGGCACAGAAGUGCCAUCUUGCAGGAAGUGUUGGGCCUUUUUUAGGAAAGUGGCAGAUGAUGCAAGGUGGCAGCUCAGCAAAGCAAACAACUUGGGAAGGUGGUCACCGGAUGCCAGCAGUGGUGUAUUGGCCCGGUCAGGUUCCACCAAACAGCACAAGCUCUGCAUUAUUGAGUACUCUGGACAUUUUCCCCACACUAGUGACACUGGCACAUGGCACACUACCUGCCAAUCGGCGCUUUGAUGGAAAGGACAUCUCUGAGAUCCUGCGUGGGAGCCCACAGGAGACACAGAGGAUCAUGUUUCACCCCAACAGUGGAGCAGGUGGAAGAAUUGGGGACUUGGAGGCCAUAAGAUGGGGACCCUACAAGGCCUUCUACACCACAGGUGGUGCUCUGGCUUGUGAUGGGAGCAGUGGACGUCCCCAAUCCCAUGAUCCUCCGCUGCUUUUUCACUUGUCUGAGGACCCUCAGGAGGAGACGCCGCUGGCCCGGGGCAGUGAGGAGUACGAGUGGCUGCUUCCUCUCAUCUCACAGGCAAUGGCCGAUCUUCACCAUGACAUCUGCACAGACAACGUUUCCACAGCCAACUAUGUCCAGGAUCCAUCAGCCGCCCCCUGCUGUAACCCGAGGCUCAGUACCUGCCGCUGUGAAGGGGCCACAUCCACCGACCGACAGUGACCACCACAAGACUCAUCA